GCGCACGCUGGGCCAUGCACCCCGGCGAUGCACAGCCCGUGUACACGCGCAACGCACGGGCGCCGCCGUCCAGCCUCCGCUUGCAGCCUCUCCACGCGGGGAACCCUCCUGUUCCUUCCCGCCGCCCCCUGACCCCCCCGGGUUUGGGGAAGAGGGCUGCCUGCUGCAGCUCUCUUCGCCCACCACCACCCCACCUCUCCUCUUUCCUCCCCUCCUUCCUUCCUUCCUUCCAUCUAUCCAUCCAUCCAUCCCUUUCCAGGACGCGCGCCCUCUAGCGCCGCCGCUUCGGCCGGCAGCGCCAGCCCCCGGGCAGCCGGGCGAGGGAGGCGGCGGUCGUGGAGCUCAACAAGGCGCCCGCCCUUCGCGCAGCAAGCAGCGGCUACUCCGCUGCCGCCUCUGUCCUGCAGGUGCCUACGGAACUAAAGAGGGUGGCAACUGCAGCGGUGCAAUUUCGCCAAGGACUUAAGACAACAGCCCUCUCCCGCCAUGAAGAAGCCCCCCAGGGACAGCUGGGAAUUGGGCACGCCAACCAGGCAUAGCAAAGCCAGCCAGGACUACUGACCCUCUUCGCCUCUGCAGAUUGUUCCCUCGUGCAUCCAGCAGAGGGCGCUACCCCUCUCACCCUGCCGCUUCCCCACUUGGCGACCCAUGGACCCAGCAGCUCGCCGGAUGGCAGAUUGGGUGCCCUGCUUCCGGCUUGCAGCUGCUUCCACGCGGACUCGGAUCCCCAGGGACUUGGUAUUGGCGUCUUGCUGGCAUUGACCUGGACCAGUUGGCAUCCUGGAUCCGGCAACACGGAAGCAACCUGACAGCCACCCCCUGAACCAGUUUGCUGACCAGGCAUCAUGUCGGGAGAUUAUGAUGAAGACAGACACCGCAGGGCAAUGGAGCUUCUUCAUGUGCUGUGUUCCAACACAUGCGCUGCCCAGGAACGUGAGAAGUGUCAGGAACUGACAGGCCAUGUGGGUCCCAUCAACUCAGAGAUCCUGGUCAGCCUCCUGUCAGUGAUCGUGACCUUCUGUGGGAUCGUGCUGCUGGGCGUCUCCCUCUUCGUCUCAUGGAAGCUGUGUUGGAUCCCCUGGCGGGACAAGGGCUCCUCUUCGCAGGCGCAACGCAAGGAGCACCCUCUCCAUGCUCACCUCCACCAUUCGCCUUUCGGGGACCUCCUGGCCGAGCGGGUGGAGCUGGGUCCCGAGAUGCCCGAAAGGUCCUACCUCGAUAUGGAUUCCUACCCUGAGGCCAAUCUCAAGGUCAGCCAGACCUCCCCUGACCUCCCCGUGGAAGGCCAGACCAGCACCAAGGAAGGCACCAUGCCCAACGCCCACUCCCAUCAGCAAGUAGCAAGCUUGGCGCCCACGCCCAGGUACAAUACGCUGCCGCGCCCCGUGACACAGCAGUUGAGCAGCCCGGACACCGGGGUCCACGUAGGGGAAGAGAAGGUGGAACAAGUGACUAGCAUUGGGCAGAUAAAGCCCGAGUUAUACAAGCAGCGCUCGGGCGAGUCGGACUCUAAGAAAGGCGAGGCCGCCAGCUGCGGGCGGAUCAGCUUUGCCCUGCGCUACGCCUACGGCACUGAGCAGCUGGUGGUGAGGAUUCUGCGGGCCUUGGACCUGCCCGCCAAAGACGCCAACGGCUUCUCCGACCCCUACGUGAAAAUGUACCUGCUGCCCGACCGCAAGAAGAAGUUCCAGACCAAGGUGCACCGCAAGACGCUGAACCCCAUUUUCAACGAGACUUUUAACUUCAACGUCCCCUUUGCCGAACUGCCUUCGCGCAAGCUCCACUUCAGCAUCUACGAUUUCGACCGCUUCUCCCGCCACGACCUCAUCGGCCAAGUGGUGCUCGACAACCUGCUGGAGAUCGCUGAGAGGGACAACGAUGCGCCCCUCUGGAGGGACAUCAUGGAGGGACAUUCGGAAAAAGCGGAUUUGGGGGAGCUGAAUUUCUCUCUCUGUUACUUGCCCACCGCUGGGCGCCUCACGGUCACCAUCAUCAAGGCCACCAACCUCAAAGCCAUGGAUCUGACUGGAUUUUCUGAUCCUUACGUCAAGGCAUCCCUCAUGUGCGAAGGGAGGCGGCUGAAGAAGCGCAAGACGUCCAUCAAGAAGAACACGCUCAACCCCAGUUACAACGAGGCCCUCGUCUUUGACAUCCCCCAAGACAGCAUGGAGCAUGUCAGCAUCACCCUGGCGGUCAUGGAUUAUGACUGCAUUGGGCACAACGAGGUCAUCGGGAUGUGCAGAGUGGGCAGUGACGCAGACGCACCCGGGAGGGACCACUGGGCCGAGAUGCUGGCGAACCCUCGCAAACCCAUCGAGCACUGGCACCAGCUAGUGGAGGAGAAGACUUUGAACAGCUACAUCAACAAGAAUCCUCCAGCGCGGGACAAACCCAGCAUCGUAGUAGAAAGCGUUCAGUCGGACUAAGGCAACCACCACCAGCCCUUUGCCACCAGGGACUGGUUCCAGUGAUGUGCGCUCAGCCUCGGAGCUUUCUGGACUGUUGUUUCCUCCGACCCCACCCCACAGGAACUGUCAGCAAAGGGGGAGGGGGGCGCCUGAUAUGGUGGGGUGUGAGAUUCUGCCCUUCUUUGAUCCCCCAGGAAACUGCUGCCUGUUGCAUCUUAUUUAUUUUUUUCCAAAGCCAUAAAGGCAGCCACCAAGGAGCAUUCUCCAUGCGGGGCAGGAAUUGUGCGUGCUGGGCGUCUAGAGCGGAAAGACAUUCCCCCUUUCCCCCCUCGUCCUUUUUACAUCGGGGAGGGAGGGGAGGUGGCAGUGGGUGACACGCAUGUUUUGGGAGUCUUUGCUACGAAGGGUCAGGCUGGAGAGUUCGGGCGCGCCACUUUUUCGUUUUCCGGCGGAAGUCCCGUACCUUUUCAGCAAGUUGCAUGGCAGGCAGGAAUCCAACAGGUGCCCCCUUCACACCUGUGGGCCAGGCGACUGCUCUGUUGGGAGUUUUGACAGCAAAAGCAACAGAGACUCCAGGAAGGGCAGGAGGGACAUUCUUUGACAGGUUUCCAGAUUUAACCUUCUCCCCUCUCCCUCCCCACUCCCAAGUAUGGGAUUUCGCUCUCUUCCUAGCUGUGAAUUUUGGACAAAGUGACUGUUUACCCUCUGCUGGGGAAUGUGGAUGUUUUUUUGUGUGGUGGGGUGGAGGGAAUAUUCUGGGCUCCCUCUCUAUUCUUUGCUUUCUCUCGUCACAACAGGCCUCUUGGAUGAGGUAAGCGAACAGGGAGUGGUUCCUUCUGCUGUCUAGUUGGGGGGCAGAGAGGGAAAAGGUCCUCCCAUUUCGCAAGAAUGCACGCGGGACCCUUUGCUCCAGUCUGCAUGUGGGGCAGGGGGAGAUGUUGGGGCUUUCCUGCCCUUGCUACUCUGCCCAGAGGGGCAAGUGGCAAAGAGAGGGUUGAGGGGGGCACUGCCAGUUGUGUCCGACUGUGCCCGCCCACGCUGAAAAUGGCCGCGGCAUUUCUCAGCGCGGAUUAGAAGGUGGCCUGUAGUCACCACAAAAGGCUCCACGAUGGACAAAGUUUGGAGUCCAUGUUUUGCUCCUCCUUUAAACUGGAUUGGGGCCUCCCUGAACUCCCAGCGUAGUCAACUGAUUCUGGACUGUUCGUGUGCGUGUGUGUGUGUAAGUGUAUGGGGGUAACAGUGUCUCUCUUCCCCCCUCCUUCCCCGAACUUUGUUAAUUUAGUUCUUCUGUAGCUUGCAUGGUUGCCUCCCGCCCGGUUUGGGUAGGCGGGCUGGUUCCCAGAUUUAAGCUGGGGGAGUGCCUGUUCAGAGAACCCAGGUGUCCUAGUUUUGUCUUAUAAAAGUCCUGCUCGUGUCGCUCUUUCUCCCUGCUUCUCUCUCCCCCCCCCCCAAUUUCUUCUUCUUUGGAAUGUCAAAAGGUGUUCUGUUUCCCCCGCCCUUGCCCUCCUCCUUCUAUGCCCCCACCCACCCAAAACGCACGUCCAUUCGUCAUUUUGUCUUUGUCCGUCCUCUCGUUUAUUGAGAUUCUGUCCUGUUUAUGGUUGGGUUGUUUUUUUGGGUUAUUUAUUUAUUUUAAUAAUAUAAAAAAGUGUGUGAAAUGAAAGUGGGGAGGGGAACAAAACAGGAAAAACAGCCCUGCUUCCUAAACCUCUGUCCCCCUUUUUUUUGGAGAAGCCAUAUACCUCCCCCCCAAUUGCUUGGGUACCAACCCGCCCGGCACGAGUGGGGGAGGGGAGGGGGCCGGAAGGUGUUCUCUCUCUGCAAUAGGUUUGGAACUUGAAGCUGCUGCUAAAACAAAACAAAACCGUGACAUCAAUAAAACUGGAUAAAAACACCA